GGCAGAGAGAGAGGGAGACACAGAAUCUGAAGCAGGCUCCAGGCUCUGAGCUGUCAGCACAGAGCCUGACGCGGGGCUCGAACCCACCAACCGUGAGAUCAUGACCUGAGCCGAAGUCGGACGCUUAGCCGACUGAGCCACCCAGGCGCCCCUACUUCUGAUCAUUUUAAUCAAGUUACCUAAGUUUUGGAGGAUCAUCGUUGAGAAGAAUAAAUGAUACCCUAAGUAUGUGCCAGGUGCCUGGAUAGAACACGUGCUCGAUUAAGUAAUCUCCAAUAAUUUAUUAACCAACCAGUCGUUGGUAUUGUUGGCCAUCCGUCCCUCAAGUCUUGCCAAGUCAGGGGUCCCGUUGGCGGGAAGAUGUCCUGGCUGCAAACGGCUUUGCCCACACCUUGAAGUACUUUCCGGGUGGGAGAGAGGGUGAAAUACGACAGGGUCUCUUUAAGAGCCCGGCGCCAGCAGGCGCCCCGGCAGCCGGCGCGGGGAUGGAGGCGGCGCGCUGCGCUGGCGCUGAGUGGCGCAGGAAGGAAACGGAGCCGCCGGAUCCGUCCGCCGGGCUAUGCUGCUGCGGUCGCUGCGGUGCUGGGCCGCCCAGGCGCUGCGGCGCGGGGGGACUGGGAGCCCCGCCUCGGGCCCCGGGACGCGUGGGGCGCAGCGCCGGGCCUGGCCUCUGGAUAAAGAUAGAGAAAAUGAAAAAGAGAAAAAAUCAGUGAUCUGUGUUGAGGGCAAUAUUGCAAGUGGGAAGACGACAUGCCUCGAGUUCUUCUCCAAAACAACAGGGAUUGAGGUGUUACAGGAGCCAGUGCCCAAGUGGAGAAAUGUCCGUGGCCAUAAUCCUCUGGGUCUGCUGUACCGCGAUGCUUGUCGAUGGGGCUUCACGCUGCAGACAUAUGUGCAGCUCACGAUGCUGGACCACCACACUCGUCCCCAGACAUCACCGGUACGAUUGAUGGAGCGGUCGAUUCACAGUGCAAGAUAUGUUUUUGUAGAAAACCUGUAUAGAAGUGGGAAGAUGCCUGAAGUGGACUAUGUGAUUCUGGCAGAAUGGUUUGAUUGGAUUGUGAGGAACAUCGACGUGUCCAUUGAUUUGAUAGUUUAUCUCCGGACCACCCCUGAGACCUGUUAUCAGAGGUUACAGAUGAGAUGCAGGGAGGAGGAGACAGUCAUUUCCCUGGAAUACUUGGAUGCUCUUCACCGCCUCUAUGAGGAGUGGCUCUUCAAAGGAGGCCUUUUCCCUGUGGCAGCCCCUGUUCUGGUGAUUGAGGCUGACCACGACAGGAAGAAAAUGUUAGAACUCUUUGAACAAAACCGGGACCGCAUACUAACUCCAGAGAAUCAGAAACAUGGCUCAUAGGACAGGAAAGAUCAUGCCAGAAAAAUGCCCACUGCUGCCAAGUUAGCUGUUAGGAGCAAUUUGGGAAAAUCAACUUCCGGGAGGGCUUUAUAUUUGGCCACAUUGUUUUCCUGAUGGUCUCUUCCUCUUUGCCAGUGUCUUCAUCCUGGGUCUCUGGUCCUUGCCGGUAAAUGACAAAUGGGACCAGUGGGUUUGUCAUGCCCUUUGGUGGUCGUAGCCUUGCAUUCAUUCCCCCAGUGCCUCUCCUGGUGGUUUCCCACUGCUGGGUCCCUCUGAUUGAGGGAAGAGCCUCCUGACCUCAUGCUGGGUUUGGAGUCCCUAACCCUUCCCUGCCACGCAGGAGGGUGGGGUAGUCGCCCUUACAUCCCAGGGAGGAAGUUGAAGCUCAGCGAGGCCAAGGGACUCCCCAGGGUCACACAGCCAGUGACGAUGGAGUUGGCACAGUUCAGACUUUCGGCGACUCUGAAACGUUCUCUGCCUGUCAUCCUGAGAGCCUGUCUUCCCUUGCUGGAGAUCUCACGUCUGUGUGGGGAGAGCCAGCAGUGCGUGGAGCCAGCAUCCUCAUUUUCUCAUUAUGUGAGCAGUUCUCGAGGACAGUCAGCAUUCCUGGACCUUCACAAAAUUGUGCUGGGUUUGGCUUGAGCCCAGCGUCCGGUGCUUUCCCAGCAUGAGGCUGCUGCGGCAUUUCCCACCUCAUCAUCUGGACUUCCGUGUCCUGGAGAGAAUCGUGCUUUGACUUCUGCACGGUGCUUGGUGUCCUUGGUGACAAAGGCCUGCCUGAGCUGCUGCCAGUUCCAUGUCAGGGACAUGGCUUUUGGUGCCUGGGUGGUUUGCCCGGUGCCAAGCUGGGGCAAGGGGCACCAGCGCCCUGGCUUCUGAAGCUCUCUUACCUUGUGAUGGCCUAUGUGAGGAGCUUUGCCCUUGGAAUUACUGAGAGUCUGUGGGCUGUGGGAGAGGCCUGAGUGGCCUUAAGUCUUUUUGAAAUGUUUUUCCAUGAAGGGGACACCUUGGAUCAUAGAGCAUGAACUCAUCUUUAUUGGUUCAGAAUAUAUCUUAGCUUCUCUCAGCUGUAACAAUACAUCACAGCCAUAGCUGCCCCUUGAGUCCAGUGGGAAGUAGAGAAAAAUAACAUUCUCUUAGGAGACAGUCUGGACAAGAAGGUCAGGGCUCGCAAGCAAAGGCUCUUGGAGCACUGGUACUCCUGAUAUUUCGGAGGUGGGUGGAGAUCAGAAGACUGUUGUCGACACAGAGAAGGGCCAGUUGUGAGCUUUGGGGAAGCAGGCCUCAGCUCUCCUGAGCAGCGGUUGGUGUAAACGCAGGUUGGAAGGCCUCGCCACGGCCUCUGCGGGAGUGUGGCACCUGUGCGUGCAGCUGUCUGACUCUGCGUGGGUUACAGGUGCUCUGGUGGUCCAGUUCCAGAGGGAGCACUAAGGGGGCAAGACUGUGACUCCUGGACCAAAUCUUGGGCUACGCGGGCAGGAUGAGGGGCAGCCCCGUGGGGAUGAGCCUCUCAGCCCAAAUGUCAGUGAUUGACUGGAUGCCCAGGGGAGGCGAGAGCCUGUGCUACCGGGGAUCUUGACGGGCCAGGGAAGUCUCUGGGAAUUUGUAGAUGAACGGUCCAGCGUUUUCCCCACAGCUUAAUUUGAGCAUCUGUUUUGGGGGAAAUGUAAUUUUAAAAAAUAAAUAAAAUCUUGCUCUGUAGUAGCCAAUAAAUUCUUCACUGAAAACCUGAGGUUAAUUUUGGAGUGCUUCCUAGGCCAGUGAUUUUAGCUCCCUGCAGCAUCCUUUUGCCAGUAGGAUAAUGUGGUUUCAUUUUCUAAACCCCAUCUUUCCUAACAUAGGAGGUUUGGGUCCAAAAAAGCUCGCCAUCCUCUUGCUCUGGCACCACGGACAGGAUGCUGUGUACCUGCAGCGGCCAGUGCAGGUGGCAAAAAUCUCCCAGCCCACGUAUGUCACACAAAAUGGCUGGUGCUCAGCUUGCACAUAUGAGGCUUGCCUUCCCCAUGUGGCAGGCAGGGCUGGUGACAUCAGGAGUCAUGGAGCAGGGCAGGAAAAGGGCAGAUGGCACACGGUAGGCACGACACCUAGUUUUUAGAGCUGAGGGAGGCACUCCUCAGGGACUCCCAGGAAUGGCUCGGAGGGGCAUGGCAGGGGCUGGCUCCUUGAAUUGCUGACAGGGCAAGCCAGGGCAGUGAUGUUCCAGAUUUAUUGGUGUUGCCCCAUUCUUACCCUGAGGUGGGGUUCUGUAGAGCAUUGCAUGAGUAUACCCCAGAGCCACCUCAGCGGCUUUGACCCUUGGUAAUUAAAAAAAAAAAAUGUUUAAUAGCAUAUACAUCUUCUUGUACUCAGCAUGUUUAGUGAAAUAAUUCUGAUCUAUACUUCAUAUUUUUAAUUUUAUAUGCAAAAUGCAUGAUUAGAAUCAUUCAGAAAUAGUUCAUGUACCUGGUGAUUAAAAAAAAAAUGAGAUAGAAGUGUAUUUCUGUUGCACGUAAAAGGGCAGAGGUGGGUGAUCCAGGACUGGUACGGUGGCUCUGAGGCCAUGGGAUCCCGGGCUCUCUCUGGCUUUCUGUUCCCAGCUCAACUUCCUGCUUUGUGGCUUCCUUCCUCCAGGGACUUCCCUGUCCAAGAUGGUGCCAGAGUUCCUACGCUGGCUAAUGAAGGCAUCAGGACAUAUUGUCUGUCCCCCAUUCAUACUUUAAUUCUCAUGUGGGUGAGGACCUUUGCAAGGCACAACUAAGAUAAGCCAGAAGGUUCUAACAGGAUUUUUCUAGAGGCCUUAGAGGUGGGGGAAAGACAGGAAGGAAGUCAGGACCCACAGGCUGGGCCACAGAUGUGGUGUCAGUGCUGUGGCACCCUCUCUCCCUCCUUUGUGCCCUCACAUCACCUCACCCUCACUGCCAGGGACCACAGUGUCCUCAGCUGGACCCAUCUCCUGCGCUGGGUGUAGCCCGGGAAGGGCAGAGGCCACCAGUAUAAUGCACUCCCACAGCUUGGCUCUCAGGAGGCCCUCCCUAAACCGUGGUUCCUGGGAAAGAAUGUCCUCUUUCAUUUCCACCUGAGCUGCUUACCUAGAUAAGUGUACCCGUCCCUGCCUGUGAGAUGUAUCAGUUGGAGACCUUUAGCCGGGACUCCCCCAGACCCCCAACCAUCAGACCUGGGGAAGGAUUGAAGUGUGUACAACUCUGAGAAAAGGUAGAAGGCGUUUCCAGAACCUACCCACCCCCUGGGUGCUGUUGAAUCUGUGCCAUCUUGUUUUCCUAGAGCCCUGGGGCCGGAUGGGGGCGCUCACAUCAAAUGCUCACAUAUCUGUGGAAUGAGUAAUACUUAUCCCUGUGGCCUCUCCACCCAGAAAAAUUACAGUUAUUAAAGUAAUUGACGAGCUUUUGGAAAUGUCAGCCCUCCAUUGUUGGAAAUCUAAUAAUAAUAAUACCCCGCCUGGUGCCUCUGGGCUUUGGUGGUGGAUUACUCACCCAGGGCCCCAGGGUCACUGGCACAGGGCUUUCUUUUCCUAAUAACUCCAACCCCGCAGCUCCUCUAAGAAGGCGGAGUGAACUCUGUGUUCCUUUAGUUUACAUAAGAUAGUGAGCUUGCCAAAGGCUGUCAUUAAACAGAAGCUAAGAGAGAGCUAGUCUUGCGGAAUCCAGAGUGGGUAUCCACUUUUGCUGCUCUCUUCCCGAAUUUCUGCAUUUCUUGGCUUGUUGGUCUUCAAGGCUGGGAUCCGUGGAACACAGGUGUUGUAGGAGAGAGUAACAGGUGUUCUGAGAAAAGAGGGUUCCGUAGUCCAGGAAAUUUGGGAAGCACCACCUGGGUAUUUUCUCUAAGAUGCGCAAGAUACAUUAGUUUAGAUAAACUCAAGCAGUCCUGUGAGAAAAACACCUUUUCACCCUUAUGUAAGCCAGGGACUCUCAGACUCAUUGACAGUAGAACCCCUCAUUUGGGGGAUAUCCAUUAACAAUCUCCAGAAGUGCCAGGGUUCCUCGGAACACACAUUGGGAAAAGCACUGUUUUAGGGAGUCUGCAGCUGCUGAUGACUCUUGGCUUUUGUGCCCUUUGGGAAUCUCUAGCUCUUGGUUCUCCAGGUUCAGUACAUCUGAAUCCCCAGAGGGCAUGUUAAGACAUGGAUUACCAGGUCCACCCACAGAGUUUCCAAUUGAGUGGAAUCCAGUUCUGGGGUGGGCCUGAGACUGUUUUCUAACACCAUUCCCGGGGAUGAUGAGUCCAGGGAACUCCCUGGGUUUAAAGUUUCUAGGACUGGACAUCCCAGAGUUCCAAGAAAACUUGGCAUCUUGGUGGUGGUUGAAUGUGUUGUGAGUGUUGGUUAUCAUAUCUAUCAAAUGGGAGCAUUGCUCAUUUCUCAGGGCUGUGAGGAUAACUGACCUGGCAUAUGGAAAGGGUCUGGACCAGGGCCUGGUAGGCAGUAAGUGUCCCAUAAAUGUUAGUUCACCUGAUGUUUCCUGGAAAACUGACUGGAAUGCAGUUCGUUGGCCGAGUAAUGGCAGCAGCUGCAGUGACUGGCACUUUCCGUCAGAGCGGCAUGGGCACACGCUCUCACCAAUUAAUUGGGACCACCUUGAUGUAUCUGUUCAGGUCACAGGCCUGGUUGAGGCUGACCUUCGGGACUUUACCUCUGUAAAGUGCCUCAUGACCUUUCUAGAAUAGCAGAGUAUGGGGCAACCAACUGGCCUUUCUUUUCUUUUUAUAAAUGCUCCUGUUUCUCGUGGGGACUCUGGGUCUGCACCUGGCAUCCUAAGGCCUGAGAGGGAGAGCUGGGAGAGACAUAACUGCUCCUCAGGCCGUGAGAAAUGACACUGCUUCUUGCACCAGCAAGGCCCUGGAGUUCCUUACACAAUAAACGAGUGGUUUUCUUGCUUAUUUGCCGGCAGACCUCUUUCCCCAUGGGCUCAGGUGACCUCUCACUCACCCUUUCCCUAAGGCACAGAGCAGGUUUAUUUGUAGCCAGGGAUGGGUAGAUGUUGGCAACUCCAGGCUCAUCUUAGGAAAUGCCCAGGAAAAUGAACAGUGACCAGUUAAGUGUUCAGUGAAUCUUACCUUUUGGGAUCCACUUGGCUUUGUGGAUGGGACUUGGGCUUUGGGGUCAGAAUAUGGGCUGGGAUCCCAGUUUCCCCGGUUAUUGGCUGCAAGACCUGGGGCAGGUCACCUUGCUUCUCUGGUUCUGUUUCUUCCUCCUUUGGACACUGGGAUUCUGUUUUCUCCCUCAAAAGGAGAGAGGCUGCACAGACUACAAAGGGGUGAGUUAAAUGAGUGAUACACACAGAGGGUCUGGAGCGGUGCCAGACCCCAGGUGUUCUUGCUCCUUCAAACCCUUUCCACGUCUCUGUAGUUGGCUGGAGAGGAGACCAGACACUCUUGUACCUUCCUGGAGGGGGGAAUGUUUAUCAGGGCUAUGGGGCAAAUAUUAUUUCAGCAUCUUUGCAGUCUGU